GCGAUGCAGCGUGCGGGAUAGAUAACUCAUCCAACUAGAAACUACUGCAUGGGCAGUCGCCGAGUGUGUUUUCGUACCUGCAUAAGCCCAGUUGUGCGAGUUACCAAAAGCCGUUUUAUAACAAUGAUACUUGUGAGUUUUUUGGCGAUGCUGUCACUCUGCUUACUCUGCCCUGUACAGUGCUUGAAUUCGGCUUUAAAAUCUGCUCAUCGAUCGUCGAGGCAAUUAGAUAAUUCCUACGGAAGUCCAAGCUACAAGCACUGCGAAUGCGGGAGAUCAAAUUCCCGCGGAGGGCAGGCGGGCUACACAAGAGUGGUUGGCGGCGUCAAGGCAUCGCCGAAUGAAUUUCCCUGGAUGGCGAUGGUCGUCGCUAAUGGUUCCAAUCUUGUCUGCGGCGGUUCCCUGAUAAACGAUCGCUACGUCCUUACGGCAGCACAUUGUUUGGCGUUGGGUUUUAGUAAAGCAGAGACAAAGGUGGUGCUUGGUGAGCAUGAUCGAUGCACGGCUGACUCUCGCACAGUGAUACUUUCCGUUGAAAAGUUUUAUCCGCAUCCACAAUUCCAAGAGGACACGAACUACGCUGACGCAAUGCUCAUUCGGCUGAACAUGAGAGUCACAUUCAACGAGUUCAUCAGGCCGAUUUGCUUGCCAAAAAUGAUACUGCAACGAAGCACGGCCUCACGGUUUGGCGGAAAGGUGGCCUUCACACUGGGCUGGGGCCGCGCUGACCAUGGUGUAACAGUCUGCUCGCUGCGGGUCGUAGCUUUGGAAAUUUAUGAGACACAAUCCUGUCCUACCAAAAUACCAACGCUACUCUGUGCCGGAUCCCGGCAAGCUGCGGGUCGCGACGCUUGUCAAGGAGACAGCGGUGGUCCUCUGCAAGUCCGGAAUAAAGAUCGGAAAUUUGAAUUAAUCGGAAUCGUAUCAAAUGGUAUUGGAUGUGGCAACCAGGAUUUCCCCGGACUUUACACGGACGUUCCUCGACUUCUUCCGUGGAUCCUUAAAGUUACGUCGCAAGAUUCAAUGUACUGUUGGCGUUGAUCGAAAAUCGACCUUUAGUGAAUAAAUUUCAGGAUUACAAAUAAAAUUUGCGAGCUCGUGUCCAUAUGUGCCAUGCGUGUCCAUGUAUCUUGAAAACAUAAAUAAAGAUUACAGCAUGUUGUUGAA